ACCGGGCCUAUAACCUAAUUACGUAACCACCGUAAGCUGAGCAUGCUGAGUUUCAAAGUCGCGAUCAUGCAAAAAGAGCCAGCAACGCGCGACGACCAACGCAAACAAAUCCGAGAUCGGUAAAUCCAAAACAUUCCAAAUGGGAACUAGAAGAGUUUACUUUCUUGCCCAUGGCAGGGUUCAAGGUGUUUUCUACCGAAAGUUCACAGCCAACCGAGCCCAAGAGCUCAACCUAACAGGCUGGGUUCGUAACCGAUCCGACGAAAAGGUCGAAGGAGAAGCCCAAGGAGACGAAACCUCUGUUGCCCAGCUCAUAAAGGACUUGAAGAAGGGACCGACGCACGCGCUUGUUUCCAAGCUCGAUGUGGAGGAUAGAGAGUUGGUGGAUGGGGAGUCGGGGUUUCAGGUUAGGAGGGGCUGAUUUGAUGAUGAUGAUGAUGAUGAGGAGGAGGAGGAGGAGGAGGAGGAGGAGG